UGCGGUUCCUGCGGGAAAAAGAUAAUGCAAAGUGCCAUGUUCUUGGCUGUCCAGCACGACUGCGUACCCAUGGACAAGAACGCAGGCAGUGGUCCCAAGAGCGAGGAGAAGCGGGAAAAGAUGAAACGGACCCUUUUAAAAGAUUGGAAGACCCGUUUGAGCUAUUUCUUGCACAAUUCUUCUACUCCUGGGAAGCCCAAAACCAGCAAGAAAAGCAAACAGCAAACUUUCAUCAAGCCUUCUCCUGAGGAAGCACUGCUGUGGUCAGAGGCAUUUGAUGAACUACUAGCUAGUAAAUAUGGUCUUGCUGCAUUCAGGGCUUUUUUAAAAUCUGAGUUCUGUGAAGAAAAUAUUGAAUUCUGGUUGGCCUGUGAAGACUUCAAAAAAACAAAAUCACCCCAAAAACUGUCCUCAAAAGCAAGGAAAAUAUAUACUGAUUUCAUAGAAAAGGAAGCUCCAAAAGAGAUAAACAUAGACUUCCAAACCAAAACUCUAAUCGCCCAAAAUAUACAAGAGGCUACAAGUGGCUGCUUCACUACUGCCCAGAAAAGAGUAUAUAGCCUGAUGGAGAACAACUCUUACCCGCGUUUCUUGGAGUCAGAAUUCUACCAGGACUUGUGCAAAAGGUCACAGAUCACCACAGAUCCCCAUACUACAUGAGAUGGAAAAAAGAGCCCCAGAAUGGAGGACAUUUCUUUCUUUUUCCUAAGGGAAAAGGCUGUGAUCUACUAAAAAGACUGACCUUGAAUUCAGCCUGGGUGUUCAGGAAACAUCACCCAGAACUAUUGAUUCAAAGUUGGGUAGUGAGUCAGGAAGCCAGUAACCUAGGAGAAGCGAGUGUCAGAAGGGCUUCCCUUCUUGAAGAACGUGGGGGUGUCUCACUGGAAAAGCCAGAGCGAGAUGAAAGACACCGUGUAAUACUAUCGUUCCAAAACCAUUGAAAAUCAAUAGGUCUGGGAUUAUGUGGCCUUAGCUAGCUGGCUGUACAUCUUUCCCUAAAUCAGUCCAUGUUACCACAUAGUGGUUUUAGUUUUAGUUUUAGUUUUUAAGUACUAAGUAACAUUAAAAUGUUUACUAUGUGCAAAGGUAUUGAAGUUCUUAUGACUUACAGAUCAUCAGUACUGUUGUCUCAUGUAUCGCUGAAACUGAAAAGGUCCGUUUGAAUUGUUAACCGGUGUGUGAAAUUGAAUGCGUGCUUUGUGUGGGAAACUCAGUGUCCGUUACGAGUGCCAAAAACUGUCUUGAAGGCAGCUAAACUUUGAAGUGGUCUUUGAAUACUUUUAAUAAAUUUUAUUUUGAUAAAUAAUGUUAUUGAACA